AUGUCGUACUCGUCUAUGGCAGUUCGCCAUUUCACAUCCCCCAAACCACUCGCGGACACCAUGGAGUCUGCCCGGUACCCGUCGCUGGAACCGAAAAUCACCCCAACGUCUGUGGAUGCGGGAGAGCAAGAGAAUGCCACCCCGGUGGUAGGACCGAAAACAGGCUUGACCUUUUCUCAUCAGGACGCUCUACCUAAGCUGCCGAUCCCCAGCUUGGAGGAUACCUGCAAACGGUAUCUUGAGUCCCUCUCGGCGCUGCAGACGCCGAGGGAGCAGAUAGAGUCCAAGGCUGCUGUGCAGGAUUUUCUCAAAUCGGACGGUCCGGUGCUCCAGGAGAAACUCAAGAAUUAUGCUACUUCGAAGACAAGUUACAUUGAACAGUUUUGGUACGACUCGUAUUUGAACUGUGACAGCCCGGUUGUCCUGAACCUCAAUCCCUUUUUCUUGUUGGAAGACGAUCCCACCCCUGCACGGAAUAACCAGGUGACCCGGUCAGCGUCACUGGCCGUGUCAGCACUGGCCUUCGUCAGGGCUGUCCGGCGGGAGGAGUUGCCGCCAGACAACGUCCGUGGAACGCCGCUUUGCAUGUACCAAUACUCGCGAUUGUUCGGAACCGCGCGACUUCCGACAGAGAAUGGGUGCAUGAUCAGCCAGGAUCCCAAUGCGAAGCAUCUGGUCGUUCUGUGCCGAGGCCAGUUCUACUGGUUUGAUGUUCUCGACGAGAACAAUGAUCUCAUCAUGAGUGAGAAGGAUAUCGCCUUAAACCUACAGGUCAUCAUCAACGACGCGGAGCAGACUCCAAUUCACGAUGCGGCCAAGGGUGCCCUCGGCGUUCUUAGCACGGAGAACCGCAAAGUGUGGUCUGGAGUGCGAGACAUCCUGACCAAGGACGAGGGAUCGAACAACGCGGAGUGCCUUAACAUCGUCGACACCGCCCUCUUCUGCCUUUGCUUGGAUGACACCGAGCCCCAAAGCACGUCCGACCUGUGCGCCAACAUGCUUUGCGGGACCAGCGAAGUGAUCCGCGGGGUGCAGGUCGGCACCUGUACCAACCGAUGGUACGACAAGCUCCAGAUCAUCGUCUGCAAGAACGGCAGCGCGGGUAUCAACUUCGAACACACCGGUGUUGACGGCCACACGGUCCUUCGGUUCGCCAGCGACCUCUACACCGACACUAUCCUCCGUUUCGCCCAGACCAUCAACGGCCAGGCCCCGAGCCUGUGGGCGACCAGCAGCCCCGACCCAUCCAAGCGUGACCCCCGAAGCUUCGGCAACGUCAGCACCACCCCGCGCAAGCUCGAAUGGGACAUGGCGCCCGAGCUGAUCAUCGCACUGCGGUUCGCCGAGUCUCAUCUCUCGGAUCUCCUCAAGCAGCACGAAUUCGAAGUCCUCGAAUUCAACGGCUACGGUAAAAACUUUAUCACGUCCAUGGGCUUUUCACCCGAUGCCUUCGUGCAGAUGGCAUUCCAGGCCGCUUACUACGGCCUCUACGGCCGCAUCGAGAACACAUACGAGCCAGCAAUGACGAAAUUCUUCCUGCACGGCCGGACAGAGGCCAUCCGCACGGUGACGAACGAAUGCGUCGACUUCGUCAAGACCUUCUGGGGCGAGAACCCGCCGCAGGAGAAGGUGGACGCUCUCCGCAGAGCCACCGAGAAGCACACGGCUAUGACCAAGGUGUGCUCCAAGGCGCAGGGCCACGAUCGUCACUUAUACGCGCUCUACUGCGUAUGGCAGCGGUCCUUCGAGGAGGCCCCCGCUUCGUCCGGCAACGACAGCUUCGAAGGAGGCAGCUCAACUUUCGGCUCCAGCCCAGUAGAGAACGGACUCGAUUCACCCAAAUUCUCCCCCGCAAUGUCCGAAGACGGCCUCUCUACCAACAGCUAUGGUCUACGCGCCAUCCGCCCCGCACCACCAACCCCCGCCCUCUUCAGCGACCCCGGCUGGGACAAGAUCAAUAGCACGAUCCUCUCCACCUCCAACUGCGGCAAUCCCUGCCUGCGCCACUUCGGCUUCGGCCCGACCUCUGCCGACGGCUUCGGUAUCGGCUACAUCAUCAAAGACGAUUCGCUCUCCAUCUGCGCGUCUUCCAAACAUCGCCAGACUGCCCGUCUGAUGUACACGCUCGAAUCCUACCUCUUCGAGAUCCGCAAGCUCCUCCGCACGACGAACCGCUCAGCGACGAGCCCGCGCACCAGCCGCGCGCGCGAGACCGAGGCCCUCGCUGAGAGACUCCAGCAGAGCGAGAACCACCACCGUCGGGGGCGCAUCGUCCGGGGGGAUCCGGGCCAGAUUAAUCGCGGGGCGGAGACGCCCACGACUGAUAGUGGCGAGGUCGACGAUGAUGGCAUGGGCGGAUACGGCUUCUUCGACGCAGGCAUGCUCCUCCACGCGCUCAAAGGCGUCAGCGCUGAUCGGGAACGCGCCGAUAGACCCGAACGACGGCGGUUUGUGGGGAAGAAAUUGCGGUUGAAUGAUUAUUGA